AUGGUGGAGCUUGAGCUCAAGGAAGCUGCCUCGGACCGAGGGCAGACCUCUGAUCAGAGCCGCUGUCCUGGACCAUAUAAGUUUGAUGUGUGCACAUUUGCGUCCUUGGUGUUGUGGAGUCAAAAGGAGCACUUGUCUUGUCCAGGAAGAUGUCUCAGUAGUAGCUCUGGAGCUGGGUGUCUGUCACUCAGAGGGGCUGGGGUCCUGAGUGAAACUCUCCACUGGCGGCAGCGUCAUCGCCUCACUCAGGUCUUGUUUGUGGGGUUAGUGAGAAGUGAGGAUGGUCACCGCACAGUCCUGCUCUCGAGAAGCUCGCCUGUCAGCCGAAGGGGACUCUGGGAGAAGCAGUACAGAGUGUUUGCAGAGGUCAACUUUGUAGUGUGCCAACUCUUUGCCUUGUUAGCAGCCGUUUGGUUUCGAACUUAUCUCCAUUCAAGCAAAACUAGCUCUUUUAUCAGACACGUAGUUGCAACCCUUUUGGGCCUUUAUCUUGCAUUUUUUUGCUUUGGAUGGUAUGCCUUACACUUUCUCGUCCAGAGUGGGAUUUCCUACUGCAUCAUGAUCAUAGCAGGAGUGGAGAGCAUGCAUCAAUGUUGUUUUGUGUUUGCUUUGGGAUACCUCACAGUGUGUCAGAUUACUAGAGUCUAUAUCUUUGAUUAUGGACAAUAUUCUGCUGAUUUUUCAGGCCCGAUGAUGAUCAUUACGCAGAAGAUUACUAGUCUGGCUUUCGAGAUUCAUGACGGGAUGUUUCGGAAGGAUGAAGAACUGACCCCAUCGCAGAGGGACUUAGCCGUGAGGCGCAUGCCGAGUCCCCUGGAGUAUGUAAGUUAUACCUGCAACUUCAUGGGUAUCCUGGCAGGCCCUCUCUGCUCUUACAAAGACUACAUUACUUUCAUUGAAGGCAGGCCAUCCCACAUGUCACAGUCCAGUGAGAACGGGAAAGAAGAGCAGCAACAUGAAAGAGCAGACCCGUCUCCAAACGCAGCAGUGACCGAGAAGCUCCUAGUCUGUGGACUCUCAUUACUAUUUCACUUGACCGUCUCCAGCAUGCUGCCCGUGGAGUACAACAUCGACGAGCGCUUCCAGGCCACCGCGUCGUGGCCAGCCAGAGCCACCUAUCUGUAUGUCUCUCUUUUGGCUGCCAGACCUAAGUACUACUUUGCAUGGACCUUAGCCGACGCCAUUAACAACGCUGCAGGCUUUGGGUUCAGAGGGUACGACAGGAACGGAGUGGCUCGUUGGGACUUAAUUUCCAAUUUGAGAAUUCAGCAAAUAGAGAUGUCAACAAGUUUUAAGAUGUUCCUCGACAACUGGAAUAUCCAGACAGCUCUUUGGCUCAAAAGGGUGUGUUAUGAACGAGCGACCUUCAGUCCAACAACCCAGACGUUCUUUCUCUCCGCCAUUUGGCACGGGGUCUACCCAGGAUACUAUCUGACGUUCCUAACGGGAACGUUAAUGACAUUAGCAGCGCGGGCUGUAAGAAAUAACUUUAGACAUUAUUUCGUCGAACCCCCUCAACUUAAGUUGUUUUAUGACAUCGUAACGUGGGCAGCAACACAAAUAACAAUCAGUUACACGGUGGUGCCGUUUGUGCUUCUCUCUAUAAAACCAUCGUUCACGUUUUACAGCUCCUGGUAUUACUGCCUGCACAUCUGCAGUAUCUUAGUGUUGCUGCUGCUGCCUGUGAAGAAGUCUCAGAGAGGAAAGAGCAUGCAGGAAGACGUUCAGCUCUCACGGGCCAAAAAGUUUGACGAAAGAGAAAAUUCUCUGGGACAGAACAGUUUUUCCACCACAAAUAAUGUUUGCAGUCAGAACCAAGACACUGUCUCUAGACACUCGUCACUAACGCAGUGACCAGGAGAGUGCGGGGUGGCUGUUUCCCGCCUGUGAACAGAAACUAGUCUUGACGCCUUUCCAGAGACUAACUGGGUGGAAAUGGGACAGUCUCAGAUGGGGGAUUUUCUGUACACCAGAUUGGAAAUGGAAUGAAAUAUCCCUUCCCAUGCCAUGUUCCUGUGGGUCACGCCUUAUACAAAAUCUUUCCAUGUUUCGAUAGGGCACUCUGACCUCAGCCUAUGCCCUCAAGGUCAUAUGUGUGCCCUGUCGCUGAAUGUACAUUGCGUAUCCCGAGGCCCUGAAGAGGUGGAAGAGUGGUCAUGUCAAUCUGGACGAUUGUAAGGUUACCUUUUCCCAAAUGAAUGUCUUGCCUUAAACCUUCUGUUCCCUAAGAUGUUGUUCCCGGUUGGUGUUUUCAAGCGAACUAGCGUGAAGAGAUGAUUUCAAUAUUUGAUGCGGUGUGCCACAAAGUGGAAUUGAGGCGGAGUUUAAACCGGGUAUUUAAGAUAGUGUAUAGUGGGUACUUGAAAAAUGCAAUAAACAUCUCAGUAUUCGAAGGGUUUUCUUAAGGUAGCUCAGAGGACCGCACACGUGGUAGGACUGUAAACGGUCGGGGCUGUUAAAUUACAGGUAGCUUAUUUUGCUGGGAGCUUAAUUACCUGGUGUCAGUUAGGGGGCCCUUUCAGGAGGACUUUCUUAAACAUAAUUAAAGGUUGGCAGUGUGAUAUUUUAGGCUUAUUUUCUUAAGGAAAAAAAUAAUAAGAAGAGGGAAGACGAGGUAAGCAGGACCGAACGAAGAAAGCACUGUGUGGUCUGGAGCCACAGGCGGAGGCUUCCCCAUCCUGUGUCCAAGAUCAGUGUGACUGUGAGAGACACAAAAGUUUAAUACGUUGAUAAUACUGUGGACUUUCUGAAGAAAUCUCUUGAGCAUAAAUUACAUAGAAUUAGAAGAGAUUUUAAGAGUAACAGUGGUAGAUUAUUUGAAGAUUUUGAAAGAAAUCUCUAGUAAUUAAGGUUAUUGUAUGGUUCAUCGGUGUCUUGUCCCUGUCAUUUUCACUGCUAUUUGGGAAAAAUUUAGGGAAAAGAAAACUUAGUUGCUGAGUGAGUCUAAGUGACAUUUUUUUUAAAAAAAAAUAAUAAAUUAGUUUUACAUUCUUUAACUUCAUGCAUUAAAAUUCUUCCGUUAAAUUCUUGUUAAAAAUGGGUGUUAGAUUCUAUCAAAACAAAUAUGUGUUUUCCUCCUAUGGUUCACUCUUGCCCUGAGUGACUGGCUGUGUCUUUGAUCCAACAGCAGGGUGCUGUGGGGUAUAGCAGCUGUGAGUAAGGGGUGGAUUGGAGGCCACAGAACUGAGCCAUAGACUAUAGGUUCCGCCUUGUGCAAAAGGCUGGGCUUUUGGGCCUCUCUGUUACUGACCAAUAUUUUUGUGAAAUUUGUUUUGGUUUUGCCUUACAUUUUCAAAUGAAAUGCAAAUUGUCAGUCUACGAUGAGUUGGGUUUUGUUUUUGUUUGUUUGUUUUUGUUUACUAAUACACUUGUGAGUAAAGUUAAGGAGGGACCAGCAAUGGUGGUGUAAAGUUUAGGAUCACAGUGGUACAGAGAGAGGCCAGUGUGGCAUUCUAGGACUUUAGAGGUAUGUGCUGCAGGCGCACUUGCUUUUCUGAAGGCAGGUCGUUUGCAUCUGAUUACAAGGGUCCUCCCCAGCCUCUCCCAGGGAAAAGGCAGGUAAAUACUUUUUUAUUUUUCCCACGUGCAUGUCGAAAUCAGCCUAGCUGUAGAAUUCUAGAGGACAGAAAAGAGUGUUUAUGGAAAGUAUCCAUCCCUGAAUGUCUGCGAUUUCACAAAUACCUUGGAGAAUCCAGUCACUAUUAGAGAAAGCUAUCAACCCCAGGGCUUCAGAGACAACCCUAGGCAUCUCCUAAGGGAAAGCUGGAGAGCCAGUGAAACUGCUGAAGGCUUGCUGGGUGGCUCUGACCACUUACAAAUAACCCCCAUUUAUUUAUUUCUUUGCCUGAACACAUUUUAUUUUGGGGCCUAUACGCUUGAAUUGCUGUUGUCUGUUUCCUCUCAAAGAAUUUAUAAUCAAAGUAUUAUCAUCCAAAAUGCAAGUCAAUGAUCAUUGUUCUAGUUCCCGAAAAAAUGCUACAUGGCACAUCUGAUUUGACUGAGUUCUUUUUUUCAUUCUUCUGCAGCUACCAGUUACAUUUAUGAGUUCAUUUUUCUUGGAUGGCUGUCUUCUAAUUUGGAGAAAUAAUCACAAUUAUACAAUCUAAAAUAAAAUAAAUACUGUUUUCAA